GAUUGCACAAUGAAGAGAAGAGAGAGAGAAAUAGGACCACUAAUUGAAAAGGUAGCCCGUAAUUCAUGCCAGGAAACCCUUCAGGUAGAGAUUACACUUGCCAGGGAAACAAGAGAUGACAAUUCUCAACCAGUUGAACUUACAGCAAGCUAUGACAUAAGCUGGCAGAGGAGUACUGGCAGAGUGUACAAUUCAAAAUCAGGUCAUGGAUGUUUGAUUGGACAAAACACAGGAAACGUAGUUGGUUACGGCUCACGAAAAACACUUGUCGGAUAUGUGAAAAAUGCAAGCAAGAACAAUGUCACUGUGCCUAAACAUGAUUGCAGGUAUAACUGGUCUGGCAGUGCCUAAUCCAUGGAGUCAAGUCUGGGUGUCGAUCUCCUGCAGCAAUCCUCAACAGAUGAAUCA